AAUUCUGCAAGUGGUUCUGAUUUACUAUUGCUGUUCUCUAGCCGGUCUAAAACUGCGUCUGACCUAAAAGGACGCUUUUUGGACGCCAUGGACUUUUCUAAGUUUCCAGGCAGAAAGAACAGUAAAAAUGCAGGCAGGGCGCCGGACAAAGCACUCAGGACAAAAUGUAUGUAAAUAUGUAAAAUCGUUUUGAAAAAAAUGUCAUUUUUUAAAAAUUUUCAAAUUUCCCGCCGCCGGCGCGCGCCCGUACAUCCCAGGGACUGGAACACAGGAGCCGGAUGCCGGCAUCGGCCGGAGGAGAUGGCCGGGACGCUGCAGGGGACACAU